AUGGGUAGCCUCGGGACGGAAGAGAUCACACAGGUGGCCGUGUUGGAGAAGACCGCACCGGCGGCGGCUCCUUCUUACGGGACGAAGUCGUCCUUUGCGCCUCCGACGGUGCGCCAUGAAGAGGCUUUCAUCUCGUACGAGCGCAUGGUGGCUGGGAGCGAUCUAAAGGCAUGGCCGGCCCGCAAACAUGUCGCGGUUCCCGAAUUCGACGCAGCCAAUGCGCAGGUGGAUGACGUGGUCGAAGGGCUGAGGGCCGUGGGCGGCGUCGUGGUGCGCAGAAUCCUGUCGCCGGAGUCGCUUGCGCAGAUUGAACGGGAUGUGCGGCCGUAUCUUGAGGCUGACGUGCCCUGGGAGGCCGACAACAACUUCUUCCCGCCAUCCACGCGGCGGGCGUUUGGGCUGUGCGCCAAAUCGCGCACCUUCGCCAUCGACCUGGUCGGCAACGACCUCUACCAGGCCGUGUGCGAGCGCUUCCUGACGACCAAGAGCUACCCGUGGUAUGGGGACCGUGACACACUCAACGUGUCGCCACCGCAGCUCAACAACACGAUUGCCUUUUCCGUGCGGCCAGGCAACAGCUACGACCAACCGCUACACCGCGACGACGACAUCCACUACGCCGACCGGCCGCGGGUCGACGUGUACCCGCGCACCAAUUCGCGCGAGUACGGCAUCGGCUUCUUCGUGGCCGGCACAAAGACGUCCAAGGCCAACGGUGCCACCAGGUUCAUCCCGGCCAGCCACCUCGAGGCGACCGAACACCCGCCUGACGAACGCUUCGCCCACUACGCCGAACUCAACCCCGGCGACGGCUUCAUCAUGCUCUCGAGCUGCUACCACGGCGGCAGCGCCAACACCACCGCCGACGAGGAACGGUUGCUGUUCAGCUGCUUCAUGACCCGCGGGUGGCUGCGCCAGGAGGAGAACCAGUACCUCGCGGUGCCGCCCGAGAUUGCCAGAACCCUUCCCGUCAGGAUCCAGAAGAUCAUGGGCUACGCCCUGAGUGAUCCCAUGCUCGGAUGGCUCGAGUUCAAAGAUCCCCGCAGUACGAUCGACCCCGAGGCCGAGCGCGUCGCGCACAAAAAGAACAAGUACACCUAG